AACCUGGGCUGAUCUCAUUGGAUUAAGUCCCUUUGCCUUGCUUCAUAAACCAAACCAUGCACAAACUCAAAAGAUACGGGCUGAAGAAAUGGAAUCUCAUGCAAAGCAGACAACUGAGAAGACUCUGGUUUGGCCUCUUCCUCAUCUUCCUACUCUGUGUAACAUUCCAAGUUGUUCAGAAGCUCCAGUGCACCAGCAAAUGCCAAUUGAAGCAGCUUUCUCUCCAGCAAAGUAGAGCCCAUGAGAAUUCAUUGCAGGAUGACAGGGACCCAAACUCUGCCCACCUUUUCUCAAAACCUAUGGAGAAAAGCAUCACUUCACAAAAUGUGGUUGAACAGCUAAUGCCAAAGCCCAGUUUGGCUGAGAAAAAGAGACAUAUCAUGAAAUUAAGCAAAGCAUUCAACCAAACCAAGCUCCUGGACAGUAGUUUGGGCAGUGAGGAAGAGUUCUGGCAAAAACCCUUUGUGAAGGGUGCACACCAGGCACAGAUGUUGCAUUUUGAAAAAAGACCAGAAGGCCUGAACCACCGCUUCAAACAAAUUCCUGCAAAAGAUGCAUUGACCUUUUCUGCCAGUAGGAAAUUUGUUGCUGUAACAAAGGCUGGAACUUUCCUGAUCAAAAUGAACAAUUUUACAACAAAGAUGAAUGCAGAUGACCAAGCCCCAGGUGUGAAUGGUUCAUUUCAGAGUCCAACUGAAACAUCAUCUUCUAACCACCGCAGAAGCAAGUCUUCCAGAGUUACAAAAACAAACUCACAAAACUUUAGUGUUCCUAAAGACAAAAAACAAAGUGAGGAGGCAUCGUCAGAGAUGGACAAUGGGGUAUCACUGCCAGAGAAAACAGUUCUUCCAACAGUUGGAAGAAUGGUUGGAGAAAAUAUGACCAACUUCUCUCAAGGUACAACAUGCAAGCCUAGGACUCACAUCGUUUUUCUAAAAGUACACAAGAGUGCUAGCAGCACUGUCAUGAACAUCUUGUUUCGCUUUGGCGAGACUCACAACCUCACCUUUGCCUUGCCACUCAAUGGUGGUCAUCAGUUGAACUAUCCGUAUUACUUCACGGCAGCAGCAGUGGAGCCCCUCUCUCCAAGCAACGGUUCUCAAUUCAACAUUAUGUGUCAUCAUAUGAGGUUCUUUAAGCCAGAGAUUGCCAAAGUCAUGCUGAACUCUACCUUUUAUUUUUCCAUCCUCCGCAAUCCUGUUCAACUAAUGGAAUCUUCAUUCACCUACUAUAAAGGGACAUCUGUAUUCUCCAAAGCCAAGAACUUGGAGGAGUUUCUCAACCAACCUUCCCAGUUUUACAAUGCCUCAGCCACCGACAGCCAUUAUGCCAAAAACCUAAUGACAUUUGAUUUUGGGUAUAAUCACAAUGGGAACUUCUCAGCCAAGCACAUCCAACUCAUGCUGCAAGCUAUUGAGGCAGAAUUUGACCUUCUCCUGAUCUCAGAGUACUUUGAUGAGUCAAUGGUGCUGCUGAAGGAAACCUUGUGCUGGGACCUGGAUGAUGUGACCUUCUUUCCUCUCAACAGCAGACACAAUAGUGCCAAGAACCCACUUUCAGAAAGGGUUGCAGAGAAGAUCAAGAGUUGGAACAAGCUUGACUGGGCAAUCUAUGCACAUUUCAACAAGACCUUCUGGAAGAAAAUAGACAGGAACAUUGGCAGGGAGCGCAUGCAAAAUGAAGUGAGGAUACUGCAGCAGAAGCGGGAACAGUUGGCAAAGAUUUGCCUUCAAGGAAGUGGCAGUGUAGUUCCACAGCUGAUCAGAGACCGGUCAUUGGCACCACUGCAGUAUGGCAGAGCAGUAAUUAUGGGCUACAAUUUAAAGCCUAGACUAGAUAAGACAACAAGGCAGAAGUGCCAGCGCAUGGUGACACCUGAACUUCAGUAUAAUAGGCUCCUAUACAGGAAACAGUUCCCAAAGAAAGCUUUGAAACCCAGCAAUAUAGCUAUCUUGCCUAAACUGUCUGACCGUAGGGCAGUUUGAGACAAACACGAGUAAGAAAUGUGCUCUGAUUCAUAACCAGAAAUCAUCAAUAAUGUGGUAGCCUAGAUAAGGAUAAAAGACUGGCUGGGGAACAUGCCAAUAUCCAGAGCAAGUUUUCACUCACUGUUUGGCACAUCCUUUAAAAAGAUGUUGACCCACAUGGGAGUCAAAAUCUGCAUGAUCUUCCCUAUACUAUACUAUAUUAUAUCCCAAGCUACCUGCCAUUGCAAAACACCUGAGCCCAUGCAAUUAUUCCACUUUCCAAUAAUAUUGUCCCACACAAAUAUAAAUAAUAUUGUGAGAAUAGAUCAUUUUUGGGCUUUGUAAGGCACACAUCUAGAACCAUGCAACAUGCUCACUCAUAGAAAAUUAUGUAACAAAAUUAAUCUUGGAAUUCAAAUGAGGUGUUAAAUUUUGAUUGGG